AUGGAUCCAGUAAUAGCCUCCGAAUCAAAACGGGCGGACCCUGAAAAGCCCCUGAGUGAUGAGGAGCAACUCACAGCGCUUGGCCAUGUCCAAGAACUCCGCCGUGAAUUCUCACUAUGGUCAAUUGUGUGUCUUCAGAUUUCAUUGAUGGCAACAUGGGAGGCUUUGUCUUCUGUGGUUACCACGGCCUUGACCAGCGGAGGAGCACCGUGCCUCUUCUACAACUACCUCAAUAUAUCCAACUGCGGGCGGUAUGUUGUCUAUCCUCGAGUCCUAUUAUGUCAUGCCAUGGAUGAGAGUAACGGGAAACCACUAGGGCAAUAUCACUGGGUACAUUGUCUGGCCCCCGCUUCAUAUCAGUCAACUGCAUCUUGGUUCACGGGAUGGAUUUCGAUUGGGGGGCAGCUGGUAUUUUCUGCCUCUGCGGCUUUUGCCGCAGGGUUGCAGUUCCAGGCGCUAAUCACACUCAAUCACCCCGACUCGUAUACACCGAUCAGAUGGCAAGGGAUGAUGUUCUACUGGUUGAUCUUGGCUUAUUCAACGGCGCUGAACAUCUGGGGAUCUAAGAUCCUGCCUCACACUAACACUGCUGCCGGGAUCUUGCACGUGGUUGGGUUUGUCGCAAUCGUUGUCGUUCUAGGAGCACUACCUUCCAAGCACUCUGCGAGUUAUGUGUUUACCAAAUUUUCCAAUACAAGUGGGUGGAACAGUGAUGGGGUCUCAUGGCUCGUGGGGCUGUUGAGCACCGUUUAUCCGUUCUUGGGAUAUGAUGCCGCAUGUCAUCUCAGUGAGGAGCUACCGAAGCCGUCUCGAAAUGUCCCACUGGCUAUGAUAGGGAGCGUGACCAUCAACGGGGUGAUCGGUCUGGUGUAUGCAGUGGUACUUCUCUUCUCUUUAGGAGAUCUCGACAGCCUGCUCGAGUCAAAGACUGGAUUUCCCUUUAUCCAGCUCUUCCUUAACGUCACUCAGUCCAGAGCGGGGGCAUCUGUGAUGACGCUGUGCGUCACAUUGAUUGCGACGGCGGCCAAUGCCGCCUGUGUGACAUCCACGAGUCGCACUGCGUGGGCUUUCGCGCGAGAUCACGGACUCCCAGCGUCUGGAUUCCUGUCUGCCGUGAGCCCUCGAUUGAAGAUCCCCGUGCGCAUGGUGCUCGUGGUGGGGUUCCUCCAGAUGCUCCUAGGCUUUAUCUAUCUGGGCAGCACCACAGCAUUCAACGCGGUUUUAUCCAUGGCAAUCCUCGGAAUGUAUGCCUCCUAUCUUUCCCCGAUCAUGUUCAUGCUGGUGUAUGGACGCCGAAAUUCGGCAACUGCUCAUGGCCUUGGUAUGGGUUCAUUUCAGUUGGGUCCCCGAUGGGGGCCCAUGGUGAAUAUUGUAGCCAUUGCCUGGCUUUUCGUCGCCAUGGUGUUUAGCACAUUCCCCACGGUGAGGCCUGUCAACCCCGAAAACAUGAAUUAUUGUGUCGUGGUGACAAUGGGUUGGAUGAUUAUUGGAGGAAUUUACUACUAUAUAUUCGGAGGGAAGAAGCGCUUCCACGGACCGGUGAUAGAGUUGACCGAGGGCCUGUGA